CAACUUCCGCACUGGGUUACCUCACUUCUGCCAGGCUUGCAGCUGCUGAGUACCGGUGUAAUUGUGCAGGCGGCGUGGUCGGAGGGCCACUGCUAGUUGUGCCCCGGAUGUGAACGUGCUCCUUUACCCCUUACCGUUCCAUAAGCCAGCGGGCCCUUGGAGACAGCACCAUGUUCAAAAAAUUUGAUGAAAAAGAAAAUGUGUCCAACUGCAUUCAGUUAAAAACUUCAGUAAUAAAAGGCAUUAAAAACCAACUGAAUGAACAGUUUCCAGGAAUAGACCAAUGGCUUAACCAGAUUAUGCCAAAAAAGGACCCUGUGAAAAUAGUGCGAUGCCAUGAACAUAUUGAAAUUUUAACUGUAAAUGGAGAGUUACUGUUCUUUAGACAGCGAGAGGGUACUUUCUAUCCAACACUGAGACUGCUUCACAAAUAUCCUUUUAUUCUUCCACAUCAACAAGUUGACAAAGGAGCUAUAAAGUUUGUUCUAAGUGGUGCAAAUAUCAUGUGCCCGGGUUUAACAUCUCCUGGAGCAAAGCUUUACCCAGCAGCAGCUGACAAAGUGGUUGCAAUAAUGGCAGAGGGGAAACAACAUGCCCUGUGUGUUGGAGUCAUGAAGAUGUCUGCAGAACACAUUGAAAAGGUCAAUAAAGGCAUUGGGAUUGAAAAUAUUCACUAUUUAAAUGAUGGAUUGUGGCACAUGAAGACUUACAAAUGAAGCACUGGAUUCUGCUCGAGGGCACUUUUGAGAUGAUGUAGACUUGAAAGUAACCUGUUUUUAUUGAUGUGGUUGAAUGUGAUUUUUGCUUUCUGCGAUGCUUAAUAAAGCAAAUGUGGCACA